AUUAGUAACUGCAAUGUGGUCCAUGCUCCACGGGGGUUGCUUCUGGCCUUCCUGUGAACUGUCAGAUGUCACCCAUGUCUUUCUAUAUUUGACAAUAUCCACUGUGCACAUAAACACAGGAGAAACCAUCCUCCUGUUUCCCACAAUGCUCUGCGAACCUCACCACCAAGAUGGCCGACGCGAUGGAGGAAUAUGAGAAAGAAGCUGGCUGCGUCCCUAUUCUCCAUCCCGAGGAAAUCAAACCACAGAGUCAUUACAACCACGGCUACACUGAGACGGUCAGCCGUAAAAACCAUGUGGACGACUACAGCACUUGGGACAUUGUCAAAGCCACACAGUACGGCAUCUUUGAGCGCUGCAGGGAGCUGGUGGAGGCGGGCUUUGAUGUCCGGCAGCCAGACAAAGAAAACGUAACACUCCUUCACUGGGCCGCCAUCAACAACAGGAUAGAUCUCGUCAAGUACUACAUAACCAAGGGAGCCAUAGUGGACCAGCUGGGAGGAGACCUCAACUCUACACCUCUGCACUGGGCCACCAGACAAGGCCAUCUGUCCAUGGUGGUGCAGCUCAUGAAGUACGGCGCCGACCCCUCUUUGAUCGAUGGCGAGGGCUGCAGCUGCGGCCAUCUGGCCGCGCAGUUUGGCCACACCUCCAUCGUGGCCUAUCUCAUCGCCAAAGGACAGGAUGUGGAUAUGAUGGAUCAGAACGGCAUGACUCCUCUGAUGUGGGCGGCUUACCGGACACACAGUGUGGAUCCCACCCGGCUGCUACUGACCUUCAAUGUGUCCGUCAACCUGGGCGACAAAUAUCACAAGAAUACAGCGCUGCACUGGGCCGUGCUAGCCGGCAACACCACAGUCAUCAGCCUGCUCCUGGACGCCAACGCUAACGUCGACGCACAGAACAUCAAGGGCGAAACACCCCUAGAUCUUGCCAAGCAAAGGAAGAACGUUUGGAUGAUCAAUCACUUACAGGAAGCGCGGCAAGCCAAAGGCUACGACAGCCCCUCCUACCUGAAAAGACUCAAGAUGGACAAGGAUUUCAGGCAGAAAGUGAUGCUGGCAACACCCUUCCUGGUCAUCUGGCUGGUUGGUUUCAUCGCUGACCUGGACAUUGACUCGUGGCUGAUUAAGGGCCUCAUGUACGCCGGCGUCUGGGUCACCGUGCAGUGCCUCUCUAAGGCUUUCUUUGACCACUCCAUGCACAGCGCUCUCCCUCUGGGAAUCUAUCUGGCCACCAAGUUCUGGAUGUACGCCACCUGGUUCUGCUGGUUUUGGAACGAUCUCCCUUUUGCCACUGUCCACGUGCCCUUCCUGAUAAACACCAUCGCACUGUUCUACAACUUUGGUAAAUCCUGGAAGUCUGACCCGGGAAUCAUCAAAGCGUCCGAGGAGCAGAAGAAAAAGACAAUAGUGGAGUUGGCAGAAACAGGCAGUCUUGAUCUGAGCAUAUUCUGCAGCACCUGCUUGAUACGGAAGCCCAUCAGGUCCAAACACUGCGCUGUGUGCAACCGCUGCAUCGCCAAGUUCGACCACCACUGUCCCUGGGUGGGAAACUGUGUUGGAAGUGGAAAUCAUCGCUACUUCAUGGGUUACCUGUUUUUCCUGCUCUGCAUGAUCUGCUGGAUGAUAUACGGCUGCAUUUCCUACUGGAGGAUCCACUGUGCCACCAAUUAUGCCAAGGAUGGGUUCUGGCUCUACCUGACCCAGAUCGCCUCCUGCUCUCCCUGGAUGUUCUGGAUGUUCCUCAACAGCAUCUUCCACUUUAUGUGGGUGGCCGUGCUCAUCAUGUGUCAGCUCUACCAGAUCGCUGCCUUGGGAAUCACCACCAACGAGAGGAUGAAUGCCCGGAGAUACAAGCACUUUAAAGUUACCGCCACGUCCAUCGAAAGCCCUUUCAACCACGGCUGCAUCAGAAACCUCAUUGAUUUCUUUGAGAUCCGCUGCUGCGGUCUGAUCCGACCUGUGGCGGUGGACUGGACCACACAGUACACAAUAGAGUACGACCAGACGUCAGGCUCAGGCUACCAACUGGUCUAGAGGAGGAAAACAAAGGGGAAGGUGGGCCGAGGGAGCCCAGUGUUGCUUAGACCCUCCGCUCCCCGCCCCCCCACACCGGCGUUCAUAUCCAAGCGCCGCUGUUCUCCAGAGCGCUUGCUUUCUUUGGACCAUCUCUCUCACACCGAUCAAAAGACUUGGAAAAACAAAAAAAUCAGCCAGGACUAGCAUGCUGUUACGGGAAAACACCACACCCACACCCCCUCCGCCCCCUUUACUGCUAUUCUUACUACUACAACUAUUCAACAGCAUCCGCCGUCCCACCCCUCCACCUCGUCUCUUCUCCUCAGCCCUUGUGGACGGUGCCGUGCUGCCAGGCUCAAACGGAGAGGAGAGAGGCUGACGGACCACAGGAGUUCUAUACAAAAUAAAAGCAUUUCUGUUUGAACCGUAAACACUCCGCUGCAGAAACAGCAGCCCCAUAAUGUUGCAGUACCCCCCCCCCCCCCCCCUCAUGUCCUUAUGGUGCCCCAGUAUGUUUUUUUGAUUUAUUCAGGAGGUAUGUUGUUCCUGUGAAAGUGAACUGCGGCGGCCAGGGAGGCUAAUGGGAGGGUUUUGUUGUUUUUUUCAGUAAAUUAGAGAUAGAAAGGAAUGUCUUUCAUUUAAACGGUCUUGAUUUUGCACCGUGACGAGUCGAGCUGAUGAGGAUUUGCCAUCACAGUUGAACUCGUCCGAGUUAUGUAAGGGGUGAAACUGCUGCAGGAGUCCGGCUUCUUGCCUGUUGAGAUGAAGCUGAGACGGAGUUUUAGGAAAAAUGUAAGUGGUUUGGGUUUAUCGCAGCCUGAGGGCGGCGGCCUCACACCGCGGACGCAGGCGGUAGUGCGUGACUCCUCCAGCUGCGGCCGCCCUAGAGGCAACAGAAUUUCCUACAUACAAUGUGAUACAGGUAUAUUUAUUUUAAAACUAUUUAUAGAUGAAGUAACUAUGUGCUAGCGCCACCAUUUUUACAUUUCACAUCAUUUUAGCUGAGUAGGUUUUUAUGAGAAUAAAUGAUUAAAAAGUACCUGAAGCGGUUUGACAAGGAAGCCCAGGAACAGUACAACUCUUUAUAGCGAGGGUAUUUAUUAGCAGUAUGAAAGGGGAACGUGGCGGAAGGACGGACGAGUUUCCAAGGACGUUUUUUUUCCAUGUGCGUUUUGCUCAAAGAAAGCUGUAAAGUCUUAUUUGUUUUGUUUGUCUUUUGUCUGCCUGCAACAUUGCACUGAUCAUUUAUUUGUGUUUUUUGUUUUUCGGGUUGUUACUGAACACUUGGGCCCUGCAGCAACGCUUCAAACGGACGCUUCCAUUGUUUACAGAGAAGAGGAGGAGGAGGAGGGGCCUAUCAGACAUGGCAAACUCCAUCACUUCCUGUCUUUAGCCCCCGCUUAGUCAGCAGCAGGAUGGACUGAAGUGUAAAGAAUGUGCACCUGUACAUAAACAAUAUCUUUCUCUAACUAUUUCCCUUUUUCAGUGUUAGUUGAAGGUGCUCCUGGACUUUCUUUUUCUUUUCCUGAGUUUGGGGCAGCGAUUGCUUCGAACCAACCGGAAAGAAGAUGAAGUGACUCUACUGCAAGUGUUCGAGCGUAGCGUCUAGUGAUGUCCCACACUGCUGUCUAUAGGCAUUUUAACCCCUGAGUACCCUUACGUUACCCUGCCGAGGACUAACCACUGCAUGUACCAUGCUCGGGACAGCUGGGCUCUCACGCCCCCCCCCCCAUCAACCCGACCCUGUAGUCGUCCCCAUGGUGACAGCUCGGCAAGCCACGUGUUUGUAUAUAGUGAAUGUUGAGUAUUUGCAAGUACUUUUCUGCUUUCCGUUCAUCGGUAUUUUUUUUUUUUAAAUCCAUUAUAAUUCUCAAAUCCAGUGUGUUUAGUGUUUUUUCUUCAGGGGGCCAGAUUUUAUAGUCGGGCUCUCCUGAGCAGGUGUGUAAUUGAAUGUUCCAUGCUUGUGGACUCUGUUGUCAUCCUAAAGGUUUUUUUUAGAUUUCUUCAUUUCUAUGUCUUAUACCGCUGGGUUUGUUAUACCACUGGAUGUACAAAUUGUAAAGCAAAGACACUAGAGAACUAAGGCAGACGCCGACUUUUUUGUUUUGUUUUUAAAAGCUGAAAUGCGAUAAUGCAAUAGUUUAAGGGGUAGCGGGGAGGUUCUAAUUCAUUAAGGCCCCAGGCCUUGUGUUUGCAUCUUCAUCAUCAGAAACGAACGAUUACAUCAAUGCUCCAUGCCCCCCCCCCAAAUCUUGAUGAUGACUGUCAUCCGUGGUUGACUGUCAUUUCUGCCCUGCAAAGACAACACACCGGCUUGUGUGCGUGAGUUAAAAGUCGAAGGUUGCAACUUGAUAUCAUAGCAGUAAGUAACCACUUGUGUUCUAAUAUUGCCUUUUAAGGGACAAGGCUGGUGCUUUGUGGUUUUCCAGGGCAGAGCUCAUCUAGGACAUGAAGUCAAAGCUGUAUCGGUCCUCACGAGUUCUUCCAGCAGCCUGAAAAGUCUCUGUUCUGUCUCCCCCUCGCCAUGCGGAAUGAUUAAAUAUAUACAAAAAUCCCAAAAAAGUUUAAGCACAUAAUCUCCAGUGCCUCUCUGCCCACCUCCAGACAUCACUGUAACCCCGCUUCAGAUGUAGACAUAUGGGCAUGGUUCAGUUUUAAUGGCUUUAAUAAUAAAAUACAGUCAAAUGUGAACAUG